AUGCGCCUCAACAAACACACUUACAUCUGCGGCGACACCUGCGUCCUCGUACCUUACAGGAAGGAGCAUGUACCAACAUAUCACGAGUGGAUGAAAUCCCCAGAGCUCCUCGAGCUCACGGCCAGCGAGCCUCUCUCCCUCGAAGAAGAGUAUGAGAUGCAGCAAAAAUGGCAGACGGACGAGGAUAAACUCACAUUCAUCAUCCUCGCGAGACCCGACGACUUGCCUGCCGAUUCCAAUCUCCUCCUGACGUGGAAGGAGGUGCAGCGCUGCAAAAUGGUCGGCGACGUCAACCUCUUCAAGCCGGAGGGGGGCGACGACGCCGAGUGCGAGAUCAUGAUCGCUGAGCCCGGAUUUAGACGUAAAGGAAUCGCGAUGGAGGCAUUGGGUCUAUUCAUAACCUACGCCGUACAUCACCUCCCCCUCUCUCCACGCCACUUUAUCGCGCGCAUCGGUACUGCCAACCAAGCCAGCAUAUCCCUCUUCGAGCGCCUGGGCUUUGGCAAAGUCAAGGUCGUCGAGGUAUGGUCCGAGGCCGAGAUGCGGUGGGGCUGGACUGGAGGAGAGUACGAUGACGCGUGGGCUGACAUUCAUCACCCCGAUGAGGCUGAUGCAUGGCCAAAGUCAAGACUCGAGGGGCGGCUGGGGCACGCGGACGGGGACGCGGACGGGUAA